CUCCGCUGGCGUCAUUCUGAGGGGAUCUGAAGAUGGCUCCUCAAUGCUCCGCGGCAGCACCGGUACACACAUGCGUCAACUGCCAGCUGUCAGGCUGCACGACCACAUUGCUGUGAGAGGGAGCGAAGGAAGGAAGGAAGGAAGGAAGGAAAAAGUAAAUAGAAGCUUUGAGAAAGGGCGGAAGGCACUAGACAUCCUUGAUUGCGGACAAUCAGGUUGAUUCUGUCGCUGUCACUUCGUCUGUCACAGAGACCGACAUAAGAACACGGAGAGUCAUGGGUUCGUCCACAGAAGAAUUCAAAGAAAAAUUACUAUGGAAUGUGAAACGAGAGGUGAAACAGAUCAUGGAGGAGGCGGUGACUAAGAAGUUUGUCCAUGAAGACAGCAGCCACAUCAUCGGCCUGUGCAGCACCAUAGAGGCGUGUCUGAGCCACCUGUUGAAGCGGCGAGCGGCGGGCUUCCUGCGUAGCGACAAGAUCGCCGCCCUUUUCACCAAGAUCGGCAAGGUCAACGCCACGGCCGGAGAGGUGUGCCAGAAGGUCCAGGAGCAGCUCACACAGCAGGCAGAGGUCACCAGAACCCAGAGGACCCAGAGUGUGGGUCAGGAGCCCCUGAGGAGGCAGGGGUCGUCGUCUGCAGGUCGCGCCCCCCAGCCCCUCUCUGCUCAGGCCAUCAAGCACAUCUGGGUACGCACCGCCCUCUUCGAGAAGGUCCUGGACAAGAUCGUACAGUACAUCGUGGAUAACUCCAGUAAGUACUAUGAGACGGAGUCUCUGAUGCAUGACUCAGUGUUUGGACCCAUCCUGGCAUGUCUACUAGUGGGUCCCUGUGCUCUGGAGUACACUAAGCUGAAGACAUCCGACCACUUCUGGACGGACCCGUCCGCCAACGAGUUGGUCCAGCGCCACCGGAUCCACGGGGCCCACCGUGGUCAGGACGCUUCCCCCAGCAGGAGGCCCGCUCUGGGGAUCCGGAAGAGGCAGUCCAGCGUCAGCAUGUCCGAGGAUAAGUUUGCGGCGUCUGCUCGGGAAUACGUGGAAUCUCUUCACCAGAACUCCCGUACUCACCUGCUCUAUGGCAAAAACAACGUCCUGGUCCAACCGAAGAAAGAAAUGGAGGUGUUGCGGGGGUACCUGUCCCUUCACCAGGCAGGGGACAACCUCACCCUGAAGUGGACCCCUAACCAGCUCAUCAACGGCACCCUGGGGGACUGUGACCUGGAGAAGAGUAUCUAUUGGGACUAUGCGUUGACCGUGCCUUUGCGACAGAUCGUGUGCAUUCACUGUCACCAGCGACCUGACUGUGGUGGGACAUUGGUGCUGGUUAAUCAGGAUGGUAUCCAGCGCCCCCCCCUCCACUUCCCCCCCGGCGGCCACCUUUUGGCCUUUCUGUCCUGCCUGGAGACUGGCCUGCUGCCCCGCGGUCAGCUGGAGCCUCCACUCUGGAGCCAGAGAGGGAAGGGUAAGGUGUUUCCUAAGCUAAGGAAGAGGACCAGCACAUCCAGGCUGUUAGAUCAGGAGGGAGAGGAGCGCUCAGCCAGGCUGAUAUAUCAGGAGGGAGAGGAGCGCUCAGCCAGGCUGUUAGAUCAGGAGGGAGAGGAGCAGACAGCGGCUGACUACGUGUUCCGUAUAGUCUACCCUGGACGCCACCACGACUCUACAGUGACUAUAAACUACCACCACACCACGGGCAGCCGUGCUCCCUCGCUGGAUGAUGAUGAAGAAGAGGAGGAUAGACUCCAGGCUAUGAUCUCAAUGAUCUGCUGGCGGAACCUCACAGAUCCUAAUGUCAUGAAAGACCAUGGGGAGAUGAUGGACAUCCAGGGUGCGUAUGUGGGAGGCAGCCCGUCGUCAUGGCAGCAGGGAGCAGAGUGCACCAGUCACAUGUUGUCAUGUCUGCCUUGCUCCACAGGGGGCAGUAACGUCUCAUUGGAAUACCCAGCAGGCUGCACCUGCAUCCACGACCGGAGCCCUCUGAAGAUGCUGUGCCAGAAUAUGAAAAGGCAGAUCGUCUCCAGGGCCUUCUACGGAUGGCUGGCCUACUGUCGACACCUGUCCACGGUCCGUACCCAUCUGUCAGCACUGGUCAACCACAACAUUGUCCCUCCUGACAAACCUUGCGAGGCGUCGGGGGGCCUGAGUAAAGACGUGUGGAGCAAGUACCAGAAAGACUGCAAGAACUAUAAGGAGUUGGAGUUGUUGCGGCUGGUGUAUUACGGAGGUGUACAGCAUGACAUCAGGAAGGAAGUCUGGCCCUUCCUGCUGGGUCACUACAAGUUUGGCAUGGGCAAGAAGGACAUGAGCCAGAUCGAUGAGAAGAUCAGUGCACGGUACCAGCAGGUGAUGAAGGAGUGGAAGGCCUGUGAGGUGAUAGUCAAGCAGAGAGAGAAGGAGAUGCAGUCUGCCAUCUUUGCUAAGCUGUCUUCAGGAAGCAGCAUAGACAGCCACGUCCUCCGGCUCAUACACAGAGACUCCACUCUCAGCAACGAGGUGUUCAUGUCAGUAGAUGAGCCCGACGCAGGGGGGCAGGAUACCCCAGGGGGGGGCAGAGGAGACACCCCCGGCCACUCCACAGUGGUCCCCCCCGCAACCGGAGGGGCACUAGCUCCUGAUGAGCGCCCCCUAGUGGAGUUUGACUCCCCUGACUCCGGCCUCCCGUCCUCCCGGAACUACUCCGUCACCUCCGGGCACUCUCAGAUUCUCUCCUCUAUCGACGAUGGACAGAGCACGGAGGAGGAGGCCCGGACACACACACACUCCCACUGUGAGAUGGAGGAGCAGGGCCGACAGGAUUCGUUGAGUGAGGAGAGGCUGUGCAGUCAGCUGGAUAAAUUGAUGCCCAAUGGGAAUGGAGGAGCGGAGGGGAUGCCUUCACUGUCCUCCUAUACGAUUGAGUUGUUGGACACAGUGGCUCUGAACCUCCACAGGAUAGACAAGGAUGUCCAGCGUUGUGACCGUAACUACUACUACUUUACGACCGCUAACCUGGAGAAACUACGCAACAUAAUGUGCAGCUAUGUGUGGGACCACCUGGAGAUGGGUUAUGUCCAGGGGAUGUGUGACCUGCUGGCCCCUCUUAUGGUCAUCCUGGACGAUGAGUGUCUGGCGUACAGCUGUUUCACCCAGCUGAUGAAGAGGAUGAGCCAGAACUUCCCCAACGGCGGAGCCAUGGACACACACUUCACCAACAUGAGGUCCCUCAUACAGAUCCUGGACUCUGAGCUGUUUGAGCUGAUGCAUCAGAAUGGAGACUACACCCACUUCUAUUUCUGUUACCGCUGGUUCCUGCUGGACUUCAAAAGAGAGAUGCUGUACCAGGAUGUGUUCUCAGUAUGGGAGGUGAUCUGGGUGGCCCCCCGUAUCUCCUCUCAGCACUUCGUCCUGUUCCUGGCCCUGGCUCUGAUAAAGGUCUACAGAGAGAUCAUCAGAGAUAACACCAUGGACUUCACUGACAUCAUCAAGUUCUUCAACGAGAUGGCAGAGCGUCAUGACGUGCAGCACAUCCUUCAGAUCGCCAGAGAGCUGGUGCACAAGGUCCAGUCUCUCAUCGAGAACAAGUGAUCCAACUGAGGAGGAGGAGGAGAGGAUGAUGAAGAGGGCCAGAGGGAAGAGGAGGAGAAGAGGAGAGGAAGAGGGGAGCCAGAUGCCAUCACUGCACCCCUCGAUCCACCCAUCCAUCCUCCGAACCUAGCACAGCUCCCUCUCUUACCCCUCUUUACCCCUCCCAAACCUGGGGAAGAGACAGAGACAUGGGCCCUCUGUCCCUCCAGCCAGACCAGUGAAGGGUGAAGGCUCCAGGUGACCAUCCUGGCAUGGGUGCAGGAGAGAACAGUGGGAAAGGGAUGCUGGCUGGGCCCAGGUUUAGAUCUGGGUCCUGGUUCCAGUGCUAGGUCUGGGUCUAGGUCUGGUCCUAGUCUAGUUCCUGGUCUAGGUCUGGCCCUGGUUUGUAGAUGUUGUUUACAAGCACCCGGCCACAGAAUGCCAUGGUUGGAUGGUGGUUGCUGUCAGACGUGUGGAGUUGUCUGCAUGCUGGUUAGUUUGAUCACACUGUGACUGCCCCAUCUUAUUAUUCUCCACUAAACUCCAUUAUCAGUACCCUUCUCCAGAGACCAGAGACCCCCUGCCCUCUCCAUCACAAAGACCUCCUGCACUCUCCAUCACAGAGACCAGAGACCCUCUGACCUCUCCAUCACAGAGACCCUCUGACCUCUCCAUCACAGAGACCAGAGACCCCCUGCCCUCUCAUCACAGAGACCUCCUGCACUCUCCAUCACAGAGUCCAGAGACCCUCUGACCUCUCCAUCACAGAGACCAGAGACCCUCUGCCCUCUCCAUCACAGAGACCAGAGACCCUUUGCCCUCUCCAUCACAGAGACCA